CGAUGUGGAGGGUAUAGACGUCAGGUGCCAGUAUUCCGAAUUUCCUUCCUCUUCUGUCCUUAGUGUUUAUAAAUAACACUCCCCGAUACCUCGCAGAAAACGAUUUUUAGUCUCCAUACCCUAGCCUCUGCCUAGCCUUUGUCGUUCCUGACGCAUUCAACAGCGACCAUGUUGUUUAAAACGGUUACGCGAUGUUUACGUCUGGCUAAUUCGACCAGAAUACUCACCAUUCGCACGUGCACAACUGCUGCAAGUCCUGAACAUGGUGCCAACGAGUAUCAUCAUAAUUUUUGGAAGAAAACCCAAGAAGACAUGGCUGGUCGUGAUCCCUCGAACCUUUGUAAGCUGACACUGAGCAAGUACAUGAGUCUACCUCAACCAAAAGACAAGGUACAGUGCACAUACGUGUGGAUUGAUGGAACUGGUGAAAAUGUACGUUCCAAAACGAAGACCGUGGAUUUUGUUCCGAAAACACCCGCAGAUCUUCCUAUUUGGGACUACGAUGGUUCCAGUACGUAUCAGGCCGAAGGUUCCAAUUCCGAUGUCUACCUGCACCCAGUUGCUCUGUACAGGGAUCCAUUCAGGGGCGGAGACAAUAAACUCGUCCUCUGCGAAACCUACAGGUUCAACAAGAAGCCCACUGAUACCAACAAAAGAUGCUCUCUUGUUCAAGCUAUGGAGAAGGCCAAAGAGUUCAUCCCUUGGUUUGGACUCGAACAGGAAUAUACUCUUCUAGAUACCGACGGACACCCAUUCGGAUGGCCUAAGAACGGAUUCCCAGGACCUCAAGGCCCUUACUAUUGCGGUGUCGGAGCAACCAAGGCAUACGGAAGAGACAUCGUUGAAGCUCACUAUAGAGCUUGCAUGUAUGCUGGUAUCAACAUCAGUGGAACAAAUGCCGAAGUUAUGCCUGCUCAAUGGGAGUUCCAGGUUGGUCCUUGUGAGGGAGUGUCCAUUGGGGACGAAGUGUGGAUGUCCAGGUUCAUUCUUCACCAGGUGGCUGAAGAGUUUGGAGUUGUGGUGUCUUUCGAUCCCAAACCCAUGCCUGGAAACUGGAACGGAGCUGGAGCUCAUACUAACUUCAGUACUAAGGAAAUGAGAGAAGCUGGUGGUCUGAAGUAUAUCGAAGAAGCCAUCGAAAGACUUUCCAAGCAACAUAUUCGUCACAUUCAAGCCUAUGAUCCUAAGCAAGGUAAGGACAAUGAAAGGAGAUUGACUGGUCUGCACGAAACCUCCAGUAUUCACGAUUUCUCGGCCGGUGUCGCCAACAGAGGAGCCAGUAUUCGCAUCCCUCGCCAAGUGGCUGAAAAGAAGAUGGGUUAUUUGGAAGAUCGACGACCAUCUUCUAACUGCGAUCCAUACGCUGUAGCAGAUGUUAUGAUUCGUACUAUCUGCCUCAAGGAGUAAAAAAUAUUUGUAAACGUUUAUAUAUAAUUUGAAAAUGAUAUUCCAUAAUUCUUUUCUGCUGUAAAUCUGAAAUAUUUAGAUCGUAGAACGUAUUUGUAUUAUCUGAAUGUUAACAGGUUUAAUGUUUUGAACAGUGUUUUUAAAAGUGUGUCACUGCCAAGUGUUUGUAUAACACGUUUCAUCAGAAAAAAAAGUAUGAAUUCCUAUUUUAUGAAAAAAUUUUUGAACAAAGUUUAAAUCGAUAGUUAAUGAACUCUUUUUUCCUGUUUUUAUAUCAAAAUAACAGUACAAAACUAAUUUUUAUGAGAUUGUUUGUAAAAUAUCGUUUUAACAAGAUUUUCAUUCCAUGGUGCACAAGAGAUGUCUAUUUUAUUUGACUAAACAAAAUUUUUAUAUCAAUUAUUCAUAGAAUAUCAAGUUGCAUUUAAUGCAAAGUGCCUUAGAAUAGUUCUAUCAAAUCGAUGUUGUGUGUGAAAAAUGUAUUCUAAGUGUACAUUAAAUGUUAAUUUUUGAAA